AUGUCUCCAAGCAACACCACCACGGCAAUGUACACCAUAGCCCAGACAAACCCUCGCAGCCUCACCCCCAACAUCCUCCCCUGCCAAAUCCACCACAAUGGACCCGUAGGAAUCACAAAACGCUACUGGAACCCCCAACCGGCCUCCGACAAGACGAAUAAAAGCAGAACAGCCUACUUCCGAGGACGGAAACUACAGUCUCGAACACUCCAGCUACCGGAAGGCUACCAGGGAGUGCUAUUGCGCAAGACAGACCAGCUUGCGCCCAGAGAAGCUGGUAAUAAGCUACCGCAAGUGCCUAUAGAGCAGGAAGAAGAAGAUGAUGAUGAUGACGAUGAGCUCGAUGACGACUCGGAGGAUGUGAAGGUCAUGGAGCAGAUGGGGAAGUUCCAUGAGGUCGUAGUAUGGGGACACGAGGCUGUGCCGGAGGACGGAGACGAGUAUGUGAAAGGGAUCGAGGAGUGGAUGGCUUUUGCUCAUGCCAUGCAUGACAACGAGACUUGA